CUCUGAUUCACUCAACUCAUUCACGUCGAGCAGGGAGGGAACGGAGGGCAUGAUUCAGUCUGUACAUAAUCUGUCUCCGUCUGCAUACGUCUCGUUUAUUUGCGCACGAGGAACACUGAGUUUACGGAAAACCAGUUACCGACAGUGCGCUUAAUCGAUAUAUACACACACACAACUAUUAAUUGACAGUCAAACGGGUUUUGUGUGAACGUGCAGGACAGGAGACUUCCACCUGCCCAGUGUGUUUAAAAAAAAAACAUCACGGAACUCUGCGGUUCACCUGAGGCGCACGAGGACAUCGUUUGCAUGAAACUGUGGCCAGAUAAAAGCAGUGGAUGCAACUGUGCUCCAUUUAUAGAAGAAAAGUGGAAGAGUGGGAGAGGCUCUGAAGAGGACCAGCUGACCACCGGCAGAUACGCCUCAGCUAAAAUUUCUUCCAAACCCGGCCUGAAACGUACCAUGUCUCUCAGCACAUUUCACCUCAUGCAGACUCUUAAGAACUCUCCGGCUGCGCUACGUCGCCGCUUUCGCCGCGACCGCACAGAAUCAUUAUCCCACGGCGACCCUCUUUUUAAGGUCCACUACCUGGGCACAGAGAAAAUCUUCUCUCUGGAUCGAGAGCAGGCCCAGGACGCUAUUAGCCGCUUGCUGGAAGGUAUUGCAAAUGGGAAAAAGCUGAGCAAAGAUCACGCCCUGGUGGUGCGCCCAAGGUACGUCGAGGUCAAGGAACUGAGUACAGGUCGGCAGCUAACUAAGACGUACCUGCAGGACAUUGCGUACUGUGCCGCGGAUGCCAACCGGCCCAAUGUCUUUUUGUACAUCUGCAAACAUCAGGGGCAACAGCUGCAGUGUCGAGUGUUCUGGUGCAGCCGUGCAGAGCGGGCACUAGACAUGACGACUUGUCUGGCACAUUCUUUCCAGCGGGCACUAAGUGACUUGCAGGACGGCUCGGCCACGCUGCAGCCAGGAGAGGUGAAGGGGAAACGUGGAGAGGAGUCGCCCAAAUCUGCCGCCAUCUCAAAGAGCUCUACGCUGCCAUCCAGUCUGGGAAAAGUUCGCUGGAAGAAGAGGGGCUCUGUGUCCCACAGCCCUCUCAGAGCCAUCACGAGAAGAGGAUCUGCCUCUGACAGCUGGAACUGAACCCCCGAUUUUACCCUUUAAACAUGGGACCACAUUAACCUGAUGACAGCACUGAUCGGAGGGAGGGAUGAAAACGGGAAGUGGGGAAGUCCAUAUUUGGAUGUAUGAGGACUUAUGAGAUGAUGUUGCCAUAAUCAGUGAGCGUUUUGACUUGUAGGUUUUUGACGCAGCAAAGUUGUCUGUUGACUUUUGCAAUUGUGGCGUCUAAUGUAGCACAAAAUGCUGUUGACGGCUGCCUUUGUUCACCUGCCAACAGCUAUGGUAGGACUCGUGACUGGCUGCAAGCCAUUUGUGGACCAGACUGGAUCAUUUUCGGGGGGAGGGGGUGGCUUGUUUGUUUCUAAGUAGUCUACUUGAUACUUAAGCCACCGAAGAGUUUGGUCUGUUGGAAAGGGACAAUUAAACCAACAAUGAUAGCAGCUGUUGGCCAAAUGAUCCACGCAUGAAAGUCAAAAACUGGAAAAAGACGACAAGCUUUUUUUUUAAGCCUUCAUUUUUUUUUUUUUAAUUGAAUGGACAAAACCACCCUUUUAAUCUAUGUUGUGAGAGUUUUGGCCAAGAUUACAUAGAUGUUAAGAUAGAGGGGAAAAUGCAGUGUUAUACAAAGUAAAAAUGAUUAGUCUGUAAGGAACAUAAAUGCAGUUAGUAAUUUCUGAGCACUUUGUCAAAUUUGACAUCUGAACACAUCAGUUUAAUUCCAAAUGUCUUACAUUUUAAGAGGUCAGUAGCAGCAGCACCUGGAUUGUAAAUGUAAAAAACAGACCCUAGCAGAACUCCCCUCAUCCUGCAAAAACAAAAAACAGAUCCUGUCUGUCCACUGCGAUUAAUUAUUUGCAUUUAUGUGGGAUAAACAGACUCAGUCAUGACUUGCGGGUUUGUUUGUGUCCGAACACUGGGAACGCUGUGUUCCCAUGUGAAGCCUUUGUGUGGAAUGCGCAGCCAUGCACCUGCAUUCCAAUAGGAGGGGGGGGGGGGGGGGGGGGGGGGGGUUGUGAAAUGCCCAACCAUGACUUUGCAUUUGGAGGAGCCUCAUCAGUAGAUGCUACAAUGUGCUUGUAAUGCUAAGCCCUCGACUUGUUCACAUUACCAAAGCCAUGAAAAGGUGCCUUAACUACCUAAGUUAAAGUGACGAUUAUAGGCAUUGAUAUGUGCAGUAUUGCAUAACGUGCUCUCAUGAUGGUGAUUUCUGUCUUAUGGUUUACAAAUGAGAGACUUGAGGAUUAGUGGUACACCCUGAGGCUACCUUCAUUUUCAUUUUGUGUUUUCUGACCAAAACUAAGCUAGCAAUGUUGCCCUUUUUUUUUUUUUUUUUUUUUUAAAACAGUAAAGACGUUUUUGACUGAUGUGCCACAAGGUUUUUAUCAGAUAAUUUUAACAUUUUGUACUCGUGAUGUAUUGUAAUUACAAACGGCGCAGCCCCGAUCUCAGAAAAGGGGUUUAAAGUGCCUGCUUUAUUUUAUUGUAAAUAUUUAAUUAUGUAUUUUAUGAAAUAUUAAAACCUUUUAUACAACA